AGUCAACGCCUUUUCUCUCUCUCCUUCUUCUACUUCUCUUAUCAGCUUCAACUUCUCUUUCUGCACCAUCUGGUUCUCUCUCACUUACGCUCCCUUGUUUAGUUCUUCUUCUUCAUCAAGCUACCAUGAAUAACGGGUUGUAGCAACCUUGUAACUUGCCUCUAUUCUUUUGAUUUUGUUCUUGUUGUAGCGAUGGGUAACGGAAUAGGAAAGCUAACUGUGUGUUUCACCGGCAACGGAGGAGGCGGUCGCCGGAAGCAGGACAUAUCGAUUUUUAUAACGGAGCCACUGGAUGAGGGACUUGGCCACUCCUUCUGCUACGUUCGACCCGACCCGACCCGGAUAUCUUCAUCGAAGGUCCACUCAGAAGAAACCACGACGUUCAGAACAAUCUCCGGUGCAUCGGUGAGCGCGAACACGUCGACGCCGCUCUCGACGUCGCUCGUGGACUUGUACUCCUACGGUUGCAUCGAUAGAGCUGCGGCUUUUGAGAGUUCAACCUCGUUUGCUUCGCUUCCUCUGCAACCGAUUCCGAGAAAUCUCAUGAGUUCGGGUCCCUUUUCAGGGAAUCUGGGUGGUGGGGUUCCGGGUUCGGGUCCUAUGGAGAGAGGGUUCUUGUCGGGUCCAAUCGAGCGUGGGUUCAUGUCGGGUCCAAUCGAUCGCGGGUUGUUUUCGGGUCCGAUGGAAAAGGAUAGCUCCGAUCAGUUUCAAAGAAGCUUCUCGCAUGGGGGUUUAGGUUUUGGUUUAAGACCAAGAACAAGGAAGGGUCGGUGGAUUCGGAUUCUUCGGAGGGCGAUUUCGAAGACUCUGUCUCGUGGGCAAAACUCGAUUGUUGCUCCGAUCAAAGGUGGGGUAAAGGAACCGGAGUGGAUCGUUGCGGCGGAGAAGCACCACAACGAGAAUUUAACGGUGAGCAGUGUGAAUCUGAGUAGCGAGGGUAGUUUGGAAGACGAUGAUUCAAUGGAAAAUCAGAAUCUUCAAUGGGCUCAGGGGAAAGCAGGUGAGGAUCGUGUUCACGUGGUAGUUUCAGAGGAACACGGUUGGGUUUUCGUGGGGAUUUACGAUGGUUUCAAUGGUCCUGAUGCACCUGAUUACCUCCUUUCAAAUCUAUACACCGCCGUGCAUAAGGAACUGAAGGGUUUGUUGUGGGAUGAUGGGGUUCCUCUAGAGAAUUCGAAUUUGGAAGUGCGAGAUUCGAUUCCAUUCGAUGAUGGUGAUUUUGGGAAGGAGGACAAGUUGGUAAUAGAUACUUGUUCUCAUUGUGUUGAAGAAGAGAAUAAUGGUCCGUAUGCAAGUGGGGAUGUGGUGUUGAAGAGAAAAAGUGGUAAGAAUUCCAAGAACAAGUAUAGAGGUGCAGCUAAGAAAUGGGAGGAGAAUCAAAGGAGGUGGAAGUGUGAAUGGGAUCGUGAAAGAGUAGAGCUUGAUAGAAGAUUGAAGGAACAGCUAAGUCUAAGUCGAUCUGGUUCUGGUGGAACCAACUCUAUUAAUCAUUCAGAUGUUUUGGAAGCUCUCUCUCGAGCUCUCAGGAAAACAGAAGAGUCUUAUCUUGAUGUUGCGGAUAAGAUGGUUGGGGAGAAUCCUGAACUUGCUUUGAUGGGUUCUUGUGUUCUUGUGAUGUUAAUGAAGGGGGAAGAUGUUUAUGUGAUGAAUGUAGGUGAUAGUAGAGCUGUGCUGGCUCAAAAGGCUGAGCCUGAUUAUUGGCUUGGGAAAAUCAGACAGGACUUGGAGAGGAUCAAUGAAGAGACAAUGAAUGAUCUUGAAUCAUGGGAUGUUGAUACAUCAAACUUGGUUCCUAGUCUAAGUGCAAUUCAGCUUACCAAGGAUCAUAGUACCAAUGUUGAAGAAGAAGUCCAGAGAAUAAAAAAAGAGCACCCAGAUGAUACUUGUGCUGUAGUAAAUGAUCGUGUUAAGGGUUCUCUCAAGGUUACCCGAGCAUUUGGUGCUGGAUUUCUCAAACAGCCCAAGUGGAACAAUGCACUUCUGGAAAUGUUUAGAAUAGACUAUGUAGGAAAUUCUCCUUACAUAAGCUGUCUACCAUAUCUAAAACACCACAGAUUAGGCCCAAAGGAUAAAUUUUUGAUAUUAUGCUCCGAUGGGCUCUAUCAAUACUUGUCAAACGAAGAAGCAGUUGCUGAAGUUGAGCUUUUCAUCACAUUGCAACCUGAGGGAGACCCGGCUCAGCAUUUGGUUGAAGAAGUGUUAUUUCGUGCUGCUAAGAAAGCUGGUUUGGACUUUCACGAAUUGCUCGAAAUUCCACAGGGUGAUAGGCGUCGUUACCAUGAUGAUGUUUCCAUCAUUGUUAUUUCUUUGGAGGGAAGGAUAUGGAGAUCAUGUGUAUAAGUAUAGCCAAAAAACCAUAUAUUAUACAAAAAAGAAAAAGAAAAAAAAGAUGAGAUAUAUACUGGCGAAGGUUCAGUGGGUGGUGAGGAUUGUAAAGUUGUAAAAGCUGGAUUUUGUUGAUUAUAAC